AUGAAUUCCCGUGAAUACAAGAAGGAUUGUAUAAUUUUUGAUGACAGUUAUGAAGGAUAUUCAGCGAAGAAUUUCACUUUACCAGAAAUCUAUGAAAAACAUAUUUCAACCAUUUUGAUUCCGGGUGGAAUGGUUCGAAGUCGUUUGGAAAGAAUGUCUAUUGAUAUAUUGGAUGAUUAUGAGAAAUCUGGUGUACAGUCUGUCUACGUGAUUUGUAUAUUGAAAGGAGGUUUCAAAUUUGCUUCUGAAAUAUGGAAAACGUUGCAAAAGUAUUCAUUUACGCGUGAAAAUUACAUAAGGGUUAGUAUUGACUUCGUCGCUGCAAGUACAUACGUUGAUGAUUCAGUAGGUCAUGAUACCAAAAUCACUCCGUGUACAAAUAUGGAGAAGUUCAGAGAUAAGGACGUACUCAUUGUUGAAGAUAUGGUUGACACGGGCACAAGUUUAAACGAACUGGAGAGAUUUGUGAAGAAAUACGAACCGAAAUCUGUUCGUUCAGCAUGUUUUUCUAGUAAAAAACAAACAAUAACUUUUCCUGGAUAUAAACCAACCUAUGUUGGUUUCGAAGUACCGAAUGUAUUCAUAGUUGGUUAUGGUAUCGACUACAACGAUCGCUUCCGUGAAUUGCCACAUGUCUGUGCAGUGAACGAUGAAGGUAAACGUGAAUUCCUUGGCCAAGGUUAA